AUGGAUCUGUCAAGGGGGAAAGUCAUAAUCGAAAAAGAUAUCAACAAAUACACAAUAGACGAAAACGUAUUUUUCUUCGAGCCAAAGAAGGAGGACGUGUACGACGAAAACACAAACCUGAGGUACAUAUUCCACAACACAUUCAUAAGCACAGAUGAAGAAAUUGCAAUAAGUGAAUUCAAAAAGUAUUGUAAAAAUAAAUCGUUAAAAAUAAAUAAAUCAUUUUUCGAAAAUGAAUGCUUGCGUUACCUGUACUCAGCGCAAUUCGAUUUUGCAAAAGCGUUAGACUUGAUUAAGAGUAACUAUGAAUUCAGACUGUCCAACAUCCUACCCAUAAAAGAAAAGGACGUUAUAAAUUACAUUAACAAAGGAGUCAUAUACUGGCAUGGAAGAGAUAAAAAAUGUAGACCCAUUCUGAUAAUCAAUUUAUUGAAUGUAGAAUCGUUAGAUAUAGAAAAUUAUAUAUCUCUUAUUGACUGCUCUGGGAUUUCUUUAUCUAAAUUUCCCAUGUCUACAUUUAUGAAAUUAUUGGAGAUUAUGAAUUCAAAAUAUCGAUGUAGAUUAUUUCGGAUGUACAUAAUUGAUGCUCCGAAGAUUUUCAAAACCUUUGGGAAGUCGUUUUUAAAUUUCGCUCCGUCCUACAUGACGAAGAAGCUAAAGAUUUUGGACACCAAUUAUGCGUCUUAUUUGAGGGAGGAAAUUUUCGACACCCAGUUGGAGAAGAGGUACGGGGGAGUUCGGGAGAUCCGGGACAGCGUCUUUUACCCCUUCGCCUUUUACCCCAACUGUUCUUGUGAGGGGGGAGCGGUUGGAUCGGUUGGAGCGGUUGGAUCGAUUGGAGCGGCUGCAGCUGCUGGAGCGGCGACGCUGGAGGUAGAAGUUGACUCUGGGAGUGCUGGCGAAAAGGACCCCCCCCGCGGACACGGUUUCCAACAAAUGAGCGACAAAGCGCGCGACUUCCUAAUGUCAGGCUAUUCAUUACACCUGAAAUUGGUGGACCGAACUCACAAGGAAUUGAUGAGAAAGCAUUAUUCCUCCCUCGCGUCGGGAGACGGUCACGGCAAGAGUAGAGUUAAAAGGAGCAGCAGCAACAAUAGCAGCAUGAAGCACCUGGUCAGCCACGGAAAUAACAGCAGCACUAAAAGCUGUUUCAUCGAUGCGGUGAUAAAUCAAGUAUAUCAAAUCGAAAGUAACAACAUUUUAAAAAACAAUAAAUUUGUGAAUGCAAAAGGUAGCUAUGUCGUUAGUGUAGGAAGUACACACAACUGGCUCUUCAAACUGAAGCACCUAUUUCUUCCCGAUAUAACCAUCAAUUAUUUAAAGAGCAGAUUUCCCUUCAUUAUAAAUUACCUCAUCGUGAAAUCUAAUUUUAAGUCUAUGCAGGAGUAUGCGAAAUAUAUAGAGACUCAUGCCUGCGUGGAGGGAGAUGAUUCUAUUCACGGCAAACAUGGCAGUGGCAGACAUGAUCGAGAUGGCAGAGGGACCAGCAGUGGCCAUCCAUAUGGCGGAAAACUUUUCCAUUCCCUUAGUUCGACUGCCAAUACGACUUCAAAUGCGCCUGCCAAUAGGACUGCAAAUGCGCCUGCCAAUAGGACUGCAAAUACCAUUGCCCAUUUUGGGGAUGACCCGGACGAGAAACAUUCGCACAAGUUAAAUAGUGUAAAGUCGAUGAAUAGCCAUGUGGAUAUAACUCGCGUGAAGGAGGGGAAGAGCAGAGGGAAUACUCCCCACGCGCACAAGUCAAGGAGGAGUAAGAAAAAGGGCGAAGGGGGAACGACGCAGAAUGGGUUCAGCAAGUUCGAUGCGCACAGGGGAGGUUCUGGCUGCGGUGUUGGAAGCCCCUGCGGUGAUCGAGGCGGUCAGGGAGAUGACAGCACGAGGAGGACAGGAAAACACAAUAAACUCCCCUCCAAAGAUGCGAAGAAAAACUUUUACGCCAAUUCGGAAUCCAUCUUUGAAGAUAAUAAUGGCGAUAAAUCUGCUAAGGAUAAGAGUGACCACCUGCAAAAUAAGCAGCCCAGUAAGUCCAGGAGAGAGUGGAAGGAGAAAACCCAAAAGUGCUACAAAAUUAAGGCAACGAAUAAUUUGUUCAGGGAUGAAUUGGUAAAUCAUACGCACAAGGUAGAGUGUGUUGAGAAGACCUUUUUGAAUAGAGUGGUGGGGGUUGGAGAUUACUCCCCAUGUUAUGAUUUCUUCGUUGACAUGGAUAAUUCGGGCAAGGCGACAGAGAGUACACAGCGUGAGUGUGCAAACAGCGCGGUGAGCUUAACAAACGCGACCUGCGCGGCCACCUCGACCAAAACGGCCAACUCUACCAAAGCGGCCAACUCGAUCAAAACGAUGAGCUCGAUGAACACUCUCAACACGUUCAACUCGAUGAACAGCGCCAACUCCGAAAACAAAUUACACAGAAAGUCAUCCGUAAUUAGCAUGAAGUCAGUUAUACCCAAGAGGCUAGACUACGCCAAUUCGAAAUUCCAGAGGCAGUCUACCACCAUGAAUACGUCCAUCAGUACCAAGCAAUCCAAAUAUUCGUUUAGUAAAUUAGGAACAGGGGAACAUUUAGAGCAAGCACCACGGAAUGACCCUUCAGGUGAUGCGACACGUAGGAGUAACGCCAAUUCGGUCAAGAAAAAAAUUUCAUCACCGAGCGCUAACGUAACGCACACUGCAGACGAUGGACCGCCAACUGAGGAAAAGAACCCAAAUCUCACCGCCCCUGAAACGGAAUCGGAUUGCACUAAACAGACAAAGGGUAAUGCGUCCGAUAGGAGUAAGCGAAGGCUCAACAAAAUUAAGAUUAUUGGCUUGCAGUUUUUUAAUAAAAGGACAUCCAAAAUGUAG